AUUUUUUUAAAAUUUUGCAAUCGAGAUGGAUGUAUAGCUUCAGUUUACAAUAGACUUUGGUGCGAGAUUGAUCGUUUUUUUUAGUAGUUGUUUAGCUGAUAGUGCAAAAUAUUAAAUCCAUAAUGAUGAAAAGGAUAAUAUUGCUGAUUGUCCUACUUGCUAUUAGUAUUGUUGAAAAAUCAACAGCACAAGAUAUAGAACCAAUGCCUAUUGAACCUGUUACAAGUAGUCCUGUUUUAACUACACCGAGCUCAACAGAGACAAAUGAAUAUUCAUCAACAACGCCCAAGGAUAUUGAAGAUUCAUCUUCUACUAGCGAAUCUACAGAAUCUACCGAAACUACAGAAACUGAAACUGAAUCAACAACUAUAGAUGUCACAACUACAACAGAUGAUACUACUUCGGAAACAACAACAGAAGAAGUUACAGAAACGACAACCGAAUCUAAUGAUUCAACCACAGAAUCAAAUACCUCAACAACAGAAAAUCCUGAAGAUUCAACAACCGAUUCAGAUAAGACUUCAACAGAGGAUGAUAAAUCUAGUGCGUCAACUGUAGAAGAGUCUACGUCAACUAUUCAAUCAUCCACUGAAGAUGAUAAUGCAACUAGCGGGCCAACAACGGUUUCAACUUCAAGUGUUCCUAUCACAACAAAAUCCCCGCCAACGUCGAGGCCCCCAACAACUGAAGAUAAUAACACAACAAAUGCACCAACAACUGCUUCAACUCCAAGAUUUCCUAUCACAACAAAAUCCCCUCCUACGUCGAGACCUCCAACAAAUAGGGGUCAAUCUCCACUGUUUUGUCGGGUGGUUGUUCACAACGGAAACCCCUACUACAAUUGGAUUUUCAGAGUCGUAAUCGUUCCAAAAGAAUGUCUCUUCUGUUGUCGAAUCGGAUUUUUAGGAAUGGAACAGUGCACAGCAAUUAAUCCAUACUUCUGCAGCUGUUAAAUUUAAUUUAGAACAUUUUUUAUUCACGCAAAUUAUGUAACUUUAGGUUUAAACUUUUUAAAAGUUAUUUCAUAAAUAAAUUAAGAAUUUUUUUUUUCAAUAAAAUUAUUUUUAAUCGAUGGCUCAACAA